AUGAACUGGAAGCCGCGGGCCGCGCGGCGCAACCGGCGGCGCGUGGGCCAGUUCGCGCACGUGAUACUGAGCGAGCUGACAGAGGUGCGGCGGCAGUCUCGCUGUCUGCUGUGCGGCGUGCGAGAGACGGGCAAUGCCGAGUUGCGCCGGCACUACCUGCAGCACCACCGCGAGCGGCCCUACACCUGCCCGGCGCCGCACUGUGGCAAGCCGCUAGCCGGCAAGGCUGAGCUGGAAAAACACUGGGGCUACCACCUGAACGACAAGCCGUUCCAGUGCGACGAGUGCCCGAAACGAUUCGCGUGGCUGAAAAGGCUCGAGGAGCACCAGCACGUGCACCGCGGCACCAAGCCGCACGCCUGCCAGGAGUGCGGCAAGGAGUUCCGGCAGCGCUCCAGCCUUAAGUAUCACGUGCAGAUCCGGCACGAGCGUCGCUUUCCGUUCGCGUGCGCCGCCUGUCCGAAAGUGUUCGCCACGGAGCGGCAGCGGACAAAGCACACGCGAAUGCACACGGGCGAGCGGCCGCACGCCUGCUCGCGCUGCCCCAAGGCGUUCACGCAGCGCGCGGUGCUGCGGAUGCACGCGCGCACGGUGCACAGGGACGGGACGUGCAGCGGCGGCGAGGCGGACGAUGGCCAGGUCGUCACAGGCCCGGCGCGCGCGGCCGGCGCCCAGCCGACGGACGACAGCGCCGUGAUCGUCGAGGAGCUGAACGUCGCACUCAAUACCGACACGGGGCACGGCCCGCUGUGAGAGGGACUGCCCCGCCACGCGACCGUUGGAAACCGUCAGGGAGCCAUCUCAGGGCAGGCCGAGCUCGGCGGUGGCGGCGGCGGACUGCUGGCGUGCACCACGUUUCGGCGGGGAUGGGGCUGGA